AUGUAGUUUUCCCUCAGGAACGUCUGUUUAAAGUGAGUUUUAGUUCUUGGUGGAGUGAAUGAUGAGUAGAUUGGAUUCUUCAGAUAAGGGAGAAGACAGCCAGCAAGAAAAGCCAGUACACAAUGUCUGAUUCGGAGGAGGAGCCAGACCAAAGAGGGCGUGGGAGCGACUUCUCAGAUGAUGGACCGAGCACCAGCUGGGGGGCAGGCAGGAAGUCUGGUGGAUUGAAGCGGAAACGGAAGGUGUUGUCUGAUUCAGAAGACGAGGACGAGGGGCCACACGGCGGCGGGUCAGGCGCAGAGGAGUCAGAAGAUUAUGACGAGGAUGCGGCCGGUGGGGACCCGUUGGAAGGUUUCACACAUACUAGUUCCCAGUUAAUGCAAAGAGAUGAUGCGGAAUCUGGGGACUCGGACAGCAGUGGCCCGCCUGGGACUGAGACGUGCGCAAUCUGCCUGGGAAAAAUGCGCGGGCAGGUUGGCUCUCCAGCUUCCUGUGAGCAUACCUUCUGUCUGGACUGCAUUUUGGAGUGGGCUAAGACCAAUCCAACUUGUCCCCAAGAUCGCAUGGCAUUUGAGGUUGUGCUUGUUCGAAAUGCUCUUGGGGGCAGCAUUGAAAAAGAGAUUCCGGUCAGUAAAGAAGAGGAAGAAGUGCCAUUUAUUCCAGAGGAACAUCCAACUUACUGUGAGGUGUGUAACUACUGUGACCGGGAAGAGAGUUUGCUGCUGUGUGAUGGGUGUGACUUGGGCUACCAUUUGGAGUGCCUAGAUCCACCACUUACACAUGUUCCUCUUGAAGAGUGGUUUUGCCCAGGAUGUGUUGCUGCUGAAGUGCCAAGUGUA